ACGUAACCAACUCAAGUUACGCCUCUUUCUUCUCCGUUUGAAUCCUGCGUUUUUACAGAUCAGUUCAUUUGUUUAAGUUUAUUCUUGCAUUUUGGUCCCUGUGGGCAUUCAGUUGAGUCCUUGAAGUAUUCGAUAUUUCGACUUCGGAUCCUUCUCUUUGAUGACUGCAACCGGCUCCAUGGAGAUCGCCGUCGCCGUGAGGCCCUUCGGCCGUCUCCUCGCCGCCCAGAUCUUGCCUUCGUGUCCCCGGUUCCGUGCCCCCGCCGCGGUCGGCGCUUUCUUAGUCCACGGGCGCCGCUUCUCGAAGCGAACCGUCGGAUCAGCCUCCUCCAGGAUCCGCGCCGCCGUCGCCCCCGCGAAGGACGAGGCGGGGAUCUCGGACUCGCGCCGGCUAUCCACCGCGACAGGACCGUUGCAGCCCGGUGGCGAUCGGGCCUUCGAGCGGAUCUUCGUUCAGGGCCUCGCGGCCGUGAAGCCGCUGGUGAUCGAGCUCGUGGAGCCGGAGAGGGAGCUUCUGGCGGAGGUGAUGGUGGAAAAGGAGGAGGAGAUUCUUGAGAGAGUAGUAGUGAAGGAUGCCAAAGAGCGGAAAGAGACGGCGGAUGAGAAGGAGGCUUGGAGGUUGCUGAAAGACGCGGUGGUGAGCUACUGCGGAAGCGCAGUCGGGACGGUGGCAGCCAACGACCCGGCAGCGGAAGCUCUCAAUUACGAUCAGGUUUUCAUCCGGGACUUCGUCCCUUCAGCGCUCGCCUUCCUCCUCAAAGGGGAGACCGAGAUUGUUCGAAAUUUCCUCUUGCACACCUUGCAAUUGCAGAGUUGGGAGAAGACUGUGGACUGUUACAGCCCUGGACAAGGGUUAAUGCCCGCAAGCUUCAAGGUUCGAAGUGUGCCCAUAGAUGGAAGAAAGGAUGAAGUCAAGGAGGUGCUGGACCCUGAUUUCGGUGAAUCAGCCAUCGGACGAGUCGCUCCGGUAGAUUCUGGGUUGUGGUGGAUCAUAUUGCUAAGAGCCUAUGGAAAGAUUACAGGGGACUAUACAUUACAAGAGAGAGUGGAUGUGCAGAUUGGCAUUCAAUUGAUCUUGAACUUGUGCUUAUCUGAUGGGUUCGAUAUGUUCCCUACUCUACUUGUUGCCGACGGCUCUUGCAUGAUAGACCGACGAAUGGGCAUCCAUGGACAUCCUCUCGAGAUUCAGGCUUUGUUCUACUGCGCUUUGCGUUGUUCACGUGAAAUGAUCGUCAUUAAUGACGGAUCCAGGAGCUUGCUGAGUGCUGUUAACAAGAGGCUCACUGCUCUAUCAUUCCACAUCAGAGAGUACUAUUGGGUGGACAUGAAAAAGAUCAAUGAGAUCUAUCGCUACAAGACAGAAGAAUAUUCUCAAGAUGCUACUAACAAAUUCAACAUCUAUCCGGAGCAAAUUCCUAGCUGGCUAGUCGAUUGGAUUCCUGAAAAAGGCGGCUACUUGAUCGGGAACCUUCAGCCAGCUCACAUGGAUUUUAGGUUCUUCUCACUUGGUAACCUAUGGGCUAUCAUUUCUUCCUUAACGACUCCAAGGCAAGCUGAGGACAUUCUAAACCUGAUGGAGAACAAAUGGGAGGAUUUCGUAGGAACUAUGCCUCUAAAGAUAUGUUAUCCUGCAUUAGAAAAUGAAGAAUGGCGCAUAAUUACUGGAAGUGAUCCGAAAAAUACGCCUUGGUCGUAUCAUAAUGGUGGAUCAUGGCCUACUUUACUGUGGCAGUUCACUUUGGCUUGCAUCAAAAUGGGCAGGCCUGAGUUAGCCCGAAAGGCUGUCGAUGUAGCUGAGAAAAGGCUUUCAGACGAUCAAUGGCCUGAGUACUACGACACCCCAACAGCUAGAUUCAUCGGAAAGCAGUCGCGGCUGUACCAAACAUGGACAAUUGCUGGGUUUCUGGCAUCAAAGUUGCUACUGCAGAAUCCAGAAAUGGCCUCCAUAUUCACAUUUGAGGAAGAUAUGGAGUUACUGGAAGGCUGUGCCUGCAGUCUGAUGAACCAUCCUCGUGCCAAAUGCUCGCGACGUGCUCUGAAACCGCAGGUCCUCAUAUAACUCGUCGAAAAUACACAACCAUUCUUUGAUGCUUGUAGUAUAUAUAGGAGAAAAAAAACCAUACAUGUAAGAGGGAUCAACCUCCACACACCAUUGUCUCCCCAUUGAGGUAUGCUCCUUUUUUGUUGAGCUACCAUGAUGGUGAAAAGAUUUGGGCCUUGUAGUAAGAAAUUAAUAUGUAUAUUUUGAUAACAAAGUGAUUCAUAUUUGCUAUUCUACUAAAUGUCAAUAAAGCUCUGUAUAUUGUUGUUUUGUUUUUUUA